ACUCACUUAUAUAAAAAUGGAAUAAUCAAAUCAGACAAGGUAUUUGAAGUAAUGCUGGCUACAGACCGUUGCCACUAUGCAAAAUACAACCCUUAUAUGGAUUCUCCGCAGUCCAUAGGUUUCCAAGCAACAAUCAGUGCUCCACAUAUGCAUGCCUAUGCUCUUGAACUUCUGUCCGAUCAGUUACAUGAAGGAGCCAAAGCACUUGAUGUAGGAUCUGGAAGUGGAAUCCUUACAGCCUGCUUUUCGCGAAUGGUUGGUCCCAAAGGACAAGUUGUAGGAAUUGAUCAUAUCAAAGAACUAGUAGAUGACUCAAUAAAUAAUGUCAAAAAAGAUGAUCCCACAUUGCUGUCUUCAGGAAGAGUGAAACUGAUUGUGGGAGAUGGAAGAAUGGGAUAUGCAGAAGAAGCUCCCUAUGAUGCGAUUCAUGUAGGAGCUGCAGCACCAGUUGUGCCCCAAGCACUUAUAGAUCAGUUAAAACCUGGCGGAAGAUUGAUAUUACCAGUUGGUCCUGCAGGGGGAAACCAGAUGCUCGAACAGUAUGACAAACUAGAAGAUGGCAGUGUCAAAAUGAAGCCUCUGAUGGGAGUGAUAUAUGUGCCUUUAACAGAUAAAGAGAAGCAGUGGUCCAGGGAUGAAUUGUAAAAGCUACAUCAUCUUGACCCAAACAUAGUGUUACAGUGGACUGCUCAUCUCCAGUUCUAAAAGCUUUUUGAAAACCAACAGCAUUGCAGCUUGUUUUGGACUUCGUUAUACUGUUGUUAUCAGCAUGGAAAAGCGUGGUGUUUGUUUUAUUUUUUUAGAUGCUCAAGGCAAAUCUGAUAAAUGGUGGAAAGUUUUAUGUGGGCACUGUUUUAUUUAACAUGCCUUUAUUUUACUUUCAUCUGUUCAAAGUGAAUUUCUGCAAAACUGCAGAUAAAGACCUAUAGCUUGUGAACUCUAAUUUUGAUGGGGGUACUUGAACACUCACUUCUCUCAGCUCCUGUGUCCCUUGGUAAAACUGCUUCUGUGCACCUUACGACACUACAUAGGUAAUACCAGGUUUUCUGUGUUCCGAUGUCUGCUAGAUGCUACUAAAAGGAGAUGAACUUCCUUUUUAAGCUUUUGACAUGGUGUCAUAGACUAGCAUGUAGUAGAUACAAUCAGCUGCUUUAUUACCUUAAAACCAGGCAUUUGUAUAUAUGAAACUUCAAGACAUCAGGGGUGGGUGGCCGCUCUUCUCAAACAUUGCUGUUCAAGUUGGAUAUAACAGACGUGAUUUUCCCUUUCCUUCUAAAAUUCAUCAGUGGAGUCUUGAAAUUCUGUUUUGGUUUAUAGCUCACUACUGAUGUGAUGCACAUGGAUUUAACUCCGUAAAUAUGAUGUAAGCUGUGUCCCAAUCACUGAACAGUUUAUGCAAUGUUGCUUUGCCAAAUAAAGUUAAAAGCAAAAGGGGCGUUGUGUGCUUGCGUGGAAGAUUAGGAUCAGUAUGUAGUAGACUACUGAGAUAUGGAUUGCUAGAUUCUUUAUUUAAAAAAAAAAAAAUCCACUUUGGUCUUGAAAGAACGUUGGUUU